ACAUCCAGUGGUAAGCAUGAAUCCCAUUACAUUAAUGAUUAAUGAAUGUAUGACAAUGGCUUCAGCUAUGCGGAAAAUGAAUAGAUGGAAUCAAACUGGAGUUGCUGCUAUUUUAGGAGCAGGUGACAUCUUUGGUGGUAACAAUGACGAGGAUGGUAUUAGCUUGGGAAUCACAUCUACUAUGCCAGCAACCAAUCAUCCCCAUUCUGAAGGAGGAAGGGGAAGCAGUGGCACUCAUAGAUCGUUAUCAGACAAUCCCCUCCUUGCCUCGUUCUUGCAGUUAAAAUCAAUCUUAAGUGACGCUAAAGAUUUAAAUGAUAUCGACAGUUUAACUUUAUUACAACCAUUUUUGUUGGUGAUUAAAUCUUCUUCAACUUCAGGUUAUGUUACUACCUUAUCUUUGAAUGCAAUUUCAAAGUUUUUAACUUAUGGAAUCAUAUCAUUGAAAUCAAAGAAUAUUCAAAGUUGUUUGAUCCAAAUCAUAUCUUCAUUAACCCAUUGUCGAUUUGAAGCUGCUGAUCAAAAUUCAGAUGAUGCCAUUUUACUCAAGGUGUUGAGAUUAUUAGAAGAAAUAAUCGAGAGCCCAAUGUCUGCAUUACUCCCUGAUGAAGUUGUUUCCGAAGUGGUACAAAUUUCCUUAUCGUUAGCUUGCAACAAGAAAAGAAGUGAAGUUUUACGAAGAGCAGCAGAAAUGGCCAUGGUGUCAAUCACCAUUAAAAUAUUCAGCAAAUUAAAAGAAAUUGAGCCAGAACCAGAAUUUAACGAUGAUUUACAAACUAAUUUUGCUGAUACGAGAUUGCCUGAAGAUUUGAUCGGUGGUACAGACAUAAAGCCUUCAGAAAUUAAUACUCCAAGAGAUCUGAAUUCAGACACUGAAGCUGAAACCAUCAAAGAAGAGGAAGAAGAACAGGAAGAACCCGAGAAAGAUCAUACUGAAUCAUAUGGUAUUGUUUGUAUUAAUGAAUUCCUUGGCAUUUUAGUUUCAAUGAUUUCACCAUCCAAUCAAUAUCAACAUAUGGAAAGCACAAGAGUUUUUGCAUUAUCGUUAAUGAACAUCAUUAUUGAAGUUGCAGGUUUGGAAAUCCCCAAACAUCCAGCAUUAUUAACAUUAGUUUCUGAUCCAAUUUCAAAACACAUCUUGCAAAUUAUAACCACUACUGAUUCUCCAGCACUUUUAAAAGCAUCGUUACAAUUAUUCACCACAGUAUCAAUUGUAUUAGGAAGACAAUUAAAACCACAAUUUGAAUUAACAUUGUCCCUCAUUUUCCAAUCAAUUUUACCUGAAGCUUCAAAGAAACAAAAUGAUAACUUCACGGGUGCAAAUGUUUCCUCAAGAAAUUCCCUUUCUAAAGAAAUGUUAAUUGAAUCAUUAAGUUUAUUAUGGACAAGAUCACCAGUAUUCUUCACCCAUUUAUUCAUUGAUUAUGAUUGUGAUUUUGAAAAAUCGGAUUUAUCUAUCAAAACAUUGGAAUUCUUGUGUACGCUUGCAUUACCAGAAUCAGCAUUAAUCACCACCGACAACGUUCCACCGAUUUGUUUAGAAGGAAUCUUGUCAUUUAUUGCCGGUAUAAACAAUAGAAUCAAAGCUGCUAAAGAUGAUAUCGAUUCCUUACCUUUACAUGAUUUGAUCCAAAGUCGGAAAAAGAAGACAGCCUUUAUCCACUGUACAGAAAUUCUCAACCAGAAACCUCUGGAAGGUAUCAAAGCAUUGGCAAAAGAAGGAUUUAUCAAAGAUGAAAAUGAUCUGAAGGAAAUUGCUCAAUUUUUCUUUUCGAAAUCAGGAAGAUUAAACAAGAAGAUCCUUGGUGAAUUCUUGGCUAAGCCUGGAAAUGGUGAAUUAUUUGGUCAUUUUAUAGAUUUAUUUGAUUUUAAAGAUUUGAGAGUGGAUGAAGCUUUGAGAAUUUUGUUAAAGACAUUCAGAUUGCCUGGCGAAUCACAGCAAAUUGAAAGAGUUGUGGAAAGAUUUGCCGAGAGGUAUGUUACUUGUCAAGCAGAAACUACUGCUGAUUUGCCAGUCACUCCUUCUAAAAGAGGCAGUAUUCCUAAUGAUAAUGUUGAACCGGUCAGACCCGAUAGAGAUUCCGUCUUUGUUUUAUCAUACUCCAUUAUCAUGUUGAAUACAGAUUUGCACAACCCUCAGGUUAAACAACAAAUGCUUUUAGAGGAUUAUAGAAGGAACUUACGUGGGGUUUACAAUGGUAAGGAUUUCCCUGAAUGGUAUCUUGCCAAGAUUUAUCUGUCUAUUAAAGAUCGUGAAAUCAUUAUGCCUGAAGAACAUCAUGGUACUGAUAAAUGGUUUGAUGAUGCUUGGCAUAAUUUGGUUUCUACUCAAGAUUUCAAAUCUGACCAACAUCAAUUAGAAUUUGGUGGGGUUCAACUAUGUCAAUUUGAUAAAUGUAUCUUUGAGGCUAUUGUGGAUAAGUUAAUUUCUACAAUUAUUAGUAUUUUUAAAGAAGCUUCUGAUGAUCAUAUAAUUACAAGAUUGAUGUCCUCCAUUGAUAAAAUUGCCAAUAUCUGUUUAUAUUACAAUUUAACUGAUUCCAUUGAUAAAUUAGUUGAUUCAUUGUCCGAUUUGAGUUCAUUGUCCAAGACUAGUUUUGUUGAUAUACCAACUGAUGAUGGUAUUCGUGAAGAGAUUCCAAUAACAGAGAUUAGAAUUGAAAAGAAGAAUGAAGAUAUUAUAACAGUUAGUGAAUUGGCUGUAUGGUUUGGCCGGGAUUUCAAAGCACAAUUGUCUACUGUGGUGUUAUUCAGAUUAAUUAAAAAGAACGAUUGUAAGAUUUCCCCAUCUUGGUCAAAAGUUAUCAACAUUAUCUUGAGAUUGUUUGAAAAUUGUUUAAUCAACCCAAACUUAUUUGGCGAAUUCCAAAAAAAGAUUAAACUUGGUCCAUUACCUAAGGUCAAUGCAAGAUAUAUUAUAAGAAGAACAAAACCCUUGAAUAAUUCAGGAUUAUUAUCUACAUUCUCAUCAUUCUUGAAAGGAUACUCUGAUAAUCCACCUGAACCAACUGAUCAAGAAAUUGAAUCUACAUUGUCAACGAUUGAUUGUAUUAAAUCACUCAACAUUCCGAAUAUUUUCUCGAUAAUUUCAAAGGGAUCACACGAAGAUAUAUCAAUGUUUGUCAAGUUAUUAUUAGAAUCAUUUCCCGAAUACAACGAUAAGUCUAAACGAUUCUUUGAAACUGAAGUGUUGUUCUUGUUGGAAAUUUCCGUAUGUUUCUGUUUAUUAUUGAACGACAAAGACCUUAUUGACAGUGUUCUUUCAAAGAUUGACAUUUCCCAUAUUUCCAAGAAAGGGCAAUUGAGGAUCAUCGCUUAUGAGUUAUUAUUGAUGAGGUACAGUGAAGGUACUCCAAAUUUGAUUGACACAGUCAAAUCAAUUACUAGUUUUGAUAAGGAACUUAUCACCAAGCAGGGAGCUCAAAUUCUUCAACCUUUGUUAUCUUUAGUUGAUGAUGAUUCUUGGUGUUGUAAGACAUUACUUGUAGAAGAAGAAUAUUGGAAGGCACUUAGAUCAUUUGGAUCUAUCCAAACUUAUGCUGCGGAUAUUAUUAGAUUCCUCGAAGGAAUCAUCAAAUCUUCAAAUGAUAUUACUUCAGAAAACUACGUGUCAAUUUUGGGUUUAUUAGAUGAAAUAUCGUCAUUGGGAGCAAUGGGAUCGCAAUUUGAACAAGAAAAUGAAAACUUAGAAAAUACCAACGUUGAUAGUGAAUACUUCCAAGAAUUAGUCAAACUUUCCAAAAAUUCAAUUAAAUUGACUUGUGAUUUAGGACCAAUUGUUCAAAAGAAGGAAUUCAAAGACAAGGGAUUAUCAUAUUCAUUACUUCAAGCAUUAGCCCACCAAUGUUUCAACCCAUGCCGUGAGGUUAGGAAGUUCGCCGUUAAACUGCUUCAAACAGUAGCAUUAUCUCUUGAAAUUAGUGGCGAUGAAACCAUUACCGCAUAUGGCAUUUUUGAAUUUGGUUUGUUCCCAUUGUUAAUUGAAUUAACUAAACCAGAGGUAUUACAAACUGAUAUCAAUGGGUUUGCCUUAACUCAAUAUGACACAUUUUCAUUGGUAAGUCGAGUUUUCUUGAAGCAUAUUGAUGAUUUCAAAGGCAAUGAGACUGAAAUUGUUUGGUUAGGAUUACUCGAUAAUUGCUUGAAAUUUCACCAACUCAGUGCUAAUAGCAAAACUUUAUUCAGUGAAUCUGGUUCGGAAUUACUCAAGAAUAUGAUUUUGGUCUUGGAAAGCAAUGGUUCUUUAGGACCUGAGAAGGAAGAAGUUUGGAAAAAAUCUUGGGAGGUAAUUGGAUCAAUUUAUCCUGAUUUACGUAAGGAGUUACUUUCUAAUGAAACUGAAGAUGUGGAAGAGAAAGUAGAAAACAGCGAGGAUCAAGAUAAGAUAGAAGGAAAUAAGGAAGAUCCUGAGCAAAAAGUAGUAGGGUUGGAAGAAAAAACGGAAAUUUCUACUCCAGAAGUCCAUACAGAGGACAGUAACUCUACUGAUAACAUUGUAGAACAGGAUAAUCAAGUAUAGUUAUAGUUACAAAUGUAUAAUAGUAUAUCAAUCUGUCGUUUAGUAGAGUCGUUUGAAUAAAGUCUCACAAAA